UUUAUUAUUUAUAUAUUUGGGAAAUCCAUCUCAAUCUGCCAGUAAACAACCAAUAGAGAAACAAAUAAACAGAAGCAAUGGCUGAUGAUCAGAAUGUACCGGAACUCUUUGAACUCAACAAUGGAACCAUGCGAGUCAAGAUCUCAAACUAUGGAUGCACUAUCACUUCUCUGUUUGUUCCAGAUAAAAACGGUAACUUCGCUGAUGUCGUACUCGGAUUCGAUUCCCUUGAACCAUAUUUGAAAGGUGCUGCACCUUACUUCGGUUGCAUUGUGGGUCGGGUUGCCAACAGAAUUAAAGAUGGAAAGUUUACUCUCAAUGGAACUGAGUAUUCUUUGCCCAUUAACAAGCCUCCAAAUAGUCUACAUGGUGGACGCAAGGGAUAUGACAAGGUGGUUUGGGAUGUCGUUGAACAUAACGAUGGUGAAAACCCAUCAAUUACCUUCAAAUAUCAUAGCCAUGACGGGGAAGAAGGAUACCCUGGAGAUGUUAAUAUAACUGCUAAGUAUACACUCACAUCGAGCACAACCAUGAGACUUGACAUGAAAGCCACACCUGAAAACAAACCUACUCCAAUCAAUUUGGCGCAACAUACUUACUGGAAUUUAGCAGGCCACAACUCUGGCAACGUACUCGAGCAUUCUAUUGAGAUAUGGGCAAAUCAUGUUACCCCAGUAGAUCAGAACACAGUCCCAACUGGUGAAAUCAUGCCAGUUAAAGGUACCCCUUUUGAUUUCUUAACAGAGAAAAAGAUUUGUACCUCAAUCCAUGAGGUUUCAGGCCUGGGCUAUGACCACAAUUACGUGCUCGACUGCGGAGAGGAGAAAUCAGGUUUAAAAUGUGCUGCUAAGGUCAAGGAUCCAUCAGGCUCCAGGGUUUUAAAGCUUUGGACCAAUGCCCCUGGUAUGCAGUUUUACACAGGGAACUAUGUGAACGGGGUUGAAGGAAAAAGCGGUGCAGUCUACGGGAAACAUGCAGGACUCUGUUUGGAGACCCAAGGUUUCCCAAAUGCCAUUAACCAACCAAACUUUCCAUCUGUUGUUGUUCAACCAGGCGAGAAGUAUGAACACACUAUGCUGUUUGAAUUCUCAUCUGAGUAAAACUAUAAAUAGAUGUCCUGUGAGUAGAUGGAUAAAUAAGUUAUGUAAUUCGUCGUCAUUUUGCACUCCUUGGUUUUCUUCAAUCUUUGAAAUAAGAAAUAGAAAAUAAAAAUAAAAACUCCAGAAUAAGCUGUUUGCAGAAAUGUUGAGA